CUCCUGCCUCCUCCGUCUACAAAAACACCCGCUCUAUAAUCCGCCACCCAGCAGCCGAUCGGACCUCCUCGUCGGACGAAAAAACCAUUCAUCGCCGAGCAAAACAAUGGCGAAGAUCGCGCUCGGAAGCCGGCAGGAGGCCGCCGAGCCGGACUGCAUCCGCGCCGUCCUCGCAGAGGUCGUCCUCACCUUCCUCUUCGUCUUCGCCGGUGUCGGCGCCGCCAUGACCGCAGGGAAGAUGGCGGGAGGGGCGGACACGAUAAUGGGUUUGACGGCGGUUGCGGUGGCGCACGCGCUGGUGGUGGCGGUAAUGAUAUCGGCGGGGCUCCACAUCUCCGGCGGCCAUCUCAACCCGGCGGUGACGCUAGGACUCGCCGUCGGCGGCCACAUCACCCUCUUCCGGUCUAUCCUUUACAUCAUCGCCCAGAUGCUGGGUUCUUCCCUGGCUUGCCUCCUCCUCAAGUACCUUACCGGGGAAUGGUGA